AUGGGCCUAGGCGGUCGGCCGCCGCGACCAUUCGGCCCGCUCAAUACUAGCAAAAUUUUUAAAAGGUUCGGCGAUACCAUUCUUUGCUAUCCACUGUUAUUCGAACUGAAGGACUUUUAUAUCAGUGCUGAUCCGGCUGUUUUGAUUGAUGAAAUAAAGCAACUUUUGAAUUCUGGAUGUAUGGAGCAUGUGGAUUUUGCAACAGAUGAUACUGCUGAUGAUGGUAGUUUUGAAGAGCUCGGCGAUACGAAUUCGGAACUGAUCUCACGAAUUUCCGUCCGUGAUAUUACUGAAGAGGAUACUAAAAGCACAGAGCAUGAUUAUGAGUGCAAGUCGGACCAGGAAUUGUAUGAAAUUGUCCGGAAACAUAAUGUUGAUAUGCUUCGUGCUGUGGCAUUUGCAAUUACUAUACUGAGUAGGCGUUAUGGGAAGGGCUAUAUCAUCGAUGGAGAAAGCCUGGAGACACGUAUGGAGCGUGUUUAUCGGCAGGCAUGCGCUUGGCGUCUGUGGUGGCUCGUACGCUACUGUGCUGCAAAGCUUUGCAAAGUGAUGAAUUCGUUAGCACCAGGCAUAACAAAUAUGCUUGUUAGAGGCAAGCAGGUCACUCUGGGCGUGAGUGGUUGUCGCGAAGUGACAAUAUCUGCGCCAACGACUCCAGUCGAAAUUGAAGAAAUCCUGUUCAGUUCUUGUCCAGAAAGCGAACCACAAGCAGCUGUACUGCAGCAGGAGCUUAUUAUUGCUUGCUCCGAUUUGAUUGCUCAGAAGCCGUAUGCAUUUGAUGGUGUUUUAACAAUACGAUUGUCCUGGCUGGCCGAUGCAAUAUCGUUAAUGCUGAAUUACGUUCAAAGUACGGGAACCGCUCGGAAGGGCUCUUUUGCAGGGAAGCUCAGUGUGUCUGUAAAUCCAUCAGCAACAACAGCAGGAACAACAAACACUGCCGCGAGUGAGCUUUUCUUAAUCUUUGUAUGUUUAUAA